GAUACAUGCACCAGACCACUCACUAUUGUUCCUCUUUCCAUAUCUCUGUUAUUCUUUUCAGUUUCACUCUCUUUUUAUAGUAGUUUCCAUCUGGGAAUUCCUUUUCAUUUUCAUUUUCAUUUCCCUUUUUUUCAACUUAAAUCAUUACUAGUACUUGAUAUUCAGUCACAGCAAUCACUUCUUGACUACUAUUUGGGGUUAAGCAAGACUAGACUACAAAUUACAAUACAAAUUUGGGUGUGAGAUUUUGGGCUAAGAUCAUGCAACGUUGACGCGUUGACUUUAGCAAUUUUUUCAGAUUCCUGAAGAUAUAUUAUGCUUUUUCUUCAGGUGGACUGGUUCUUUUGGAUUCAAGGAUUUGGAGUCUGAAAUCAAUAAAUGUUUGAUCAUGGCCGGGCUUAUUAGUGAUAUUUUUCCUCUCUCAGGGAUGAAUUUUUGCUAGUAAAUUACCAAGAUUAAGUUGGACUAAAUGGAGAGCGGCAACGAGCUUUCGUCAUCCUUGAGUUUUGCUUCGUCUUCUUAUGUAUCAAACGGUUGCAGUAGCCCCCAAGAACCAGGGCCAAAUCUUGAUCUUUUGACUAAUCUAAGUGGUAAUCUUGAGAAGCUCCUGCUUAAUCCUGAAUAUGACUACAGCGAUGCAGAAAUAGUUGUUGAGGGGAUUAGUGUUGGUGUUAAUCGCUGUAUUUUGGCUGCACGAAGCCAGUUUUUCCACGAAAAGUUGAAGAAGCACAAUGAGAAUACCUCAAAAGAUGAAAAGCCCAAGUAUUUGCUGAAGGAUUUGGUGCCUUUUGCCUCAAUUGGAUAUGAAGUAUUCUUGGUUUUCCUGAAUUAUUUGUAUACUGGAAAGAUUAAGCCUUCUCCUCCAGAAGUUUCGACUUGUGUUGAUAAUGUGUGUGCUCAUGAUGCUUGUCGCCCUGCCAUUAAUUAUUUCGUGGAACUAAUGUAUGCUUCAUCCACCUUUCAAAUCAACGAACUCGCUAUGGUCGUAGAGCGUCGUCUUGUCAACUUCGUCGAUAAGGCUAGUCCGGAGGAUGUGAUUCCUAUACUUUUAGUUGCCUUUCACUGCUCGUCUAAUCAACUUCUUGAGCACUGCAUCCAGAGAGUGGCACGAUCCGAUCUAGACAAUGCUACUCUUGAGAAAGAACUCCGUCAUGAAGUUUUGACUGACAUAAAAACAAGGCGCCUCAAGUCUCGACAAGAACUUGAACAGGAUUCAAUAGAAGUGGACUCCUUAAGUGAAAAAAGAAUUAGGAGGAUUCUGAAGGCUCUGGAAUCCGAUGACAUUGAAUUACUUAAGUUACUUCUUGAAGAGUCUAAUGUCACUUUAGACGAUGCUUGUGCUCUUCAUUAUGCAGCUGCUUAUUGUAACUCCAAGGUUGUGAAUGAGGUCCUCGAGCUGGAUUUAGCUGAUGUCAAUCUUCAGAACUCCCGAGGAUAUAACGUCCUUCACGUUGCUGCUAGAAGAAAGGAGCCAUCAAUAAUAAUGGGACUACUUGAAAAAGGAGCAUCUUUCUUGAAUACUACACGGGAUGGAAACACAGCACUAUCUAUCUGUCGGAGAUUGACUCGGCCAAAGGAUUAUAAUGAGCCAACAAAGCAAGGGAAAGAAACUAAUAAGGACCGCAUAUGCAUUGAUAUUUUGGAGAGAGAGACGAAUAGGAAUCCUAUGGUUGGGAUCAUGUCUUCGUCGUCAUUGGUGUUGGCUGAUGAAUUACUCAUGAGGUUGCUUUUAUUUGAAAAUAGAGUGGCAUUGGCGCGAAUGUUAUAUCCUCAUGAAGCCAAGCUGGCUAUGGAAAAAGCACAUGCUCAUUUGACGCUGGAGUUUACUGGAAUUUCAGCAACAAAUGGCUUAUCUAGAAAUCUGAGAGGGGUUGACUUGAAUGAAUUACCAUCUGAGCAAGUGAAAAGACUCCAAGAACGGCUGUGCGCACUGCAAAAAACAGUGGAUACAGGUCGACGUUUCUUCCCUAAUUGCUCCGAGGUUUUAGAUAGAUUACUAGAGGACGACAUGCUAGAUUCCUUAACGUUAGAAAGAGGCACCGCUGAGGAACAAAGAUUAAAGAAGAUGCGAUACACAGAACUCAAGGAUGACGUUAUGAAGGCAUUCAACAAAGACAAAGCUGAAAAGUAUUGGGAAGGCUUCUCUGCAUCUUCCUCCUCUUCAUCGUCCCCAAAGACUAGCGUUAGCCACAAGAUUAGGAAGAAGUAGUUCCUCUCCUUAGCUACAUCGCUAGCCUUGAACACCGGUCAUGAGCUUUACAUGAUGGAGCUCCAUAUACUAUAGUACUGAUCUGCUUGUUCUUCCUGUUGUUGGUUUUUACUUUUGUUAGCUUGUUUGUAGAUAAGAAAUUGUAUAAGUAACAUCUGCAUACAAUUUAGGUAAUCACAUUGUAGUAACGUAUAUAGGGGAGGGGAUUGAUUGUGGGGGUGGGGGCAAGAGGAAUAAAAGUAGGUAAAGGAAUGAUUUUUGUUUCUUGUUUUCCUAUGUUACAUAUUGUGAAUUGGCAAAUUGUUUAGUUUAUGGUGAUAUAUACUAAAAAGAGAUCUUUAGUUUAGAGCA